AUGAGUAUGAUGGGUGAACUGUCAUUCUUUCUUGGUCUUCAAGUAAGUCAAAAAAAUGAUGGAAACUUCAUUUGCCAAUCCAAAUAUGUCAGAGAUCUUCUGAGGAAAUACAAUCUAGAAGGCUCUUCACCGGCAAAGACACCCAUGGCCACUGCCACUAAGCUUGGUCAGAAUAAGUCUGGUAAGAAAGAUGAUAUUUCAAGCUAUAGAGGCUGUACAGAUUCUGAUUAUGCAGGAUGCAGGAUAGACAGGAAAAGCACUUCUGGAAGCUAUCAGUUUCUAGGACGACGGAAUCAGCUUAAUGACUAUGGACUUGUAUUAAACAAAAUUCCUAUAUUUUGUGAUAAUACAAGUGCAAUAGCCAUUUCCAUCAAUCAUGUACAACAUUCUAGAACCAAGCACAUUGACAUAAGGUAUCAUUUUAUUAGAGAACAUGUCAUGAAUGGAACUGUGGUGCUACUUUUUGUACCAUCAGCUGAUCAGAUUGCUGACAUCUUCACUAAACCACUUGGUGAAUCCACUUUCUCAAGAUUGGAAUUGACGGUUGCAAUAACUUUGUCGUCCAUAUCAGGGAUAGACACUGGAAUUGCUGGUUCUUUAUUGAACCAAGUGCCUUCAUAG